CAGCGGUCACGAGCGUUCUGGGGCUAACGUGCGCGCGAGAUUAACCAGCCAGCUGGUGAGGGUGAGGACACCGAGAUAACAAGCACAUCCUCGGCCGUUCGUCCCCUGAGUCGUCGGAGAUCUCCGGGAAGAUGUCUGUGAUGAGUCCGGAAUUAGAAAACAGGAGCUAACGGCUGCCAGAACCUCGACCGUUAAUGUUAAGUUCAAAAGUUUUUCUCCGGACUGUUGUUUGUGAGCUGUGGGGAUUAAAGCACCGAGGGGGACAGGUGUCCUCUCACGUCAGAAGCCCUUCUCCCCUCUCCGUCCCCCGCUAGGCUGUAGUGCCGACUGGAGCUCGGGGUUUUCGGUCUCAGUCGUUCUCUCUUCUUUCUGUACAAAGCUGGACUUUUCUGAGCCAUGUUGUGGAGAAGGUGGCUCGUCCUGCUGCUCUGCUGGGGGGGCACAAGCGGUGAGCAACAGGCGGAUGAGAGGGACGGGGCUCCGGCUGAGUUCCGGGCGGACUCCCGCAGACAGAGGUCCCCUCCACCGGUGGAGCCACUGGAUUUUGGGUUUGUACCGGCGGCGGUUUAUGAUACCCAUGCUUACUACGAGCCAGGGGCCAUAGGGAUCCUCUUCCACAUGGUCCACGCUUUUCUCUACGUGGUUCAACCGCACCCCUUCCCCAAAGAUCUGAUUGUUAAAGUGAUUCAACAAAACAUGGGGGGAAUCAAAAUAGAAGAAUGGAGAAAGCCAGAAAAUGUGGUCCUCUUACUACAGUGGAUCUACUACGAGGCGGGAUUCCUCAUAUGUGGGACCCUCGGCAUCUUGUUCGUGGUCCUCACGCCCAUCGUGGGCUUGUGCUUCUGUGUGUGUCGGUGCUGUGAGAACUGCGGAGGGGAGAUGCACCAGAGACAGAGGAAGAACGCCGACUGUCAGAGAGGUUUCUACACUGCCUCGCUCAUCGCAACGUCCAUCUUCAUCAUUCUGGGAGUACUUAUUUCCUAUGCUGCGAAUCAUAAUGUCAGCACUCAGAUUAAGAGCACUCGGCGGUUCAUCAACACCAAUAUGAGAGACCUGAGGACAUUUGCCAACAACACACCUUCGCAAAUCGAAUACCUGACAGCCCAGUACACAACAGCAAAGAACAAAGUCCUGUCAGAGCUCGACAACAUCGGGCCUUUGCUGGGUGGGAGGAUCCACAGUCAGCUGGAGAAAGAGGUGGUUCCCUCGCUGGACACUGCACUGCGGAUGGCAGGAGCCAUGCGGGAGACCAAAGAGGCUCUAGAGAACAUCAGCUCCUCCCUGGAGGUCCUUCAGGAGGGGACAGGGAAACUUAAGGCCAGUCUGUCGGAGGAGAGAGCCUCUCUGUCCAACACCCUGUCAGACCCUGCUUGCACCAACGGAGCCGUGUCUCACACCUGCAACACCAUCCGCUCCACGCUGUCCCAGCUGGGAGUCAACGCCGACUUCUCCAGGCUCCCAGAUGUCAGCCAUGCCUUAGAAAAUAUCAAUACUGUCCUGAGAACAGACCUCAGCAACAUAGUCCAAAAGGGUUACUCAUCCUUUAAUGACACACCACGACUGGUUAAAGAACAAACUAAAAACAUCGUCUCAGGAGUAAAAGGCAUGCUGGAUAAGAUUGGCACAGAGAUCACAGGCUUCUCCAAGAUGUUCCCAGUUGAAGGUUCUCUGGCCAAUUUCACCAUUUUCCUCAAUCAAGGACAGGAAAAGAUUGAGUCCUUUUACCCACAGAUUGACCAAAUGGAUUUCUACAGAUGGAUCGGCUGCGUGGCAGUGCUGUGCAUGGUGGUCCUGGUCUUGGCCUUCAACGUCCUCGGCCUGCUGUGUGGCACCUGCGGCUACGACAAGCAAGCCACGCCAACAACCCGAGGCUGCCUGUCGAACACCGGCGGCAACCUGCUAAUGGCUGGCGUGGGCUUCUCUUUCAUCUUCGCCUGGGUGCUGAUGGGCAUCGUGACCACCUUCUUUGUCGUCGGCGGCAACGUGGAGAAGCUGAUGUGUGAACCGCUGGCUAACCGACAGCUUUUCAAGAUCAUUGACACACCCUUCCUGGUUCACCCCGCCAAGAAGAACUUCCUCCCUGGGAUGCUGUUUCAGAAUCCGAACAUCGACUUGACUUUGGGAAGCAUGUACAGGGAGUGUUACGAGAACAACGGUUUGUAUCACGCUCUGCAGCUGGAGACCAUGUUCAACAUCAACUCAUUCCUCAACAGAACUGUGUACAACAAGGAUUUGGCAAAGGUGUUUGAUAGCGUGCAAGUGGACCUGCAGCACAUCACGCUGCUGGAGCAGGCGGGCAGAGACAACCUCAUCAACUUUGCCAACUCGGGAGUGGGACAGAUCGACUAUGAAGCCUACCUGGUUGAGGUAAACAAGGGGGUCGCCCUCGUGGACCUCCUGUCCUUCUCUACUGACCUGGAGGCUCAGGCCGAUCAGCUGCCCCGUGGAGCUCUGGAAAAUGCACUGAAAGGACACGCCAGCAGUAUCAGACAGAUUCACAGAGAGCAGGUGGUUCCCAUGGAGCAAGCAAUGAGCACCCUGAGCCAGAGCGUCAAGCAGCUGCAGAGGACGUCCAGCGACCUGCCGGUGAAGGUCACAAACAUCCUGAGUGCCAUCGAUGCAGCAGAGUAUCUCAUCACUCAUAACGCCUCCCAUGUGGUCAAACAGGAAACAAAGACCUACAUACAGAGCUUAGUGGGAUACUUCAGGCAGUACACAGACUGGGUUAAAAACUCGCUGACCGUAGAGGUGGCCCAGUGUAAACCCAUCAGUAACAUUGUGGAUAGCAUGGAGAUAGUAGCAUGCAGCUUCAUCAUCGAUUCAGUGAACACGUUCUGGUUCGGUCUGGGGGGCUGUUGCAUCCUUCUGAUCCCCAGCAUGAUCUUCUCCGUCAAACUGGCCAAGUAUUACAGAAGGAUGGACACGGAGGACGUCUUUGAAGACUCCCCCUAUUACGACACUCUGACCCGGUUCCCUCGAGCCUCCGCUCCCCCGAGUUACUCUGACUGGUGACCCGAAGGAGCCGUCGCUGAGUGGACAAGAGAGCUGGAACUAAUAUUUCCCUCAUGGUCUUGAAACACAUCCAAGAACCAAAGAGAAGAACAACAAUCAACCCCCCCCCCCCCAGUACCCCUUCAACCCACUUGACAAGGACCUCUGAUGCCAGCCAACUGUAAUUUAUCAAGUGAUCUCUCAUACACUUUAGCAUCCAGUCACAGCAGUAUCCCAGAAGUCCUACAAGUGUUUCAUACUGUACAUGAUCAGUUGUCGGAGCGAUAUUCCUGCAUAGCUAGUUUUACUUGUAGAGAAUGCAUUCUACGUACAUGAUCAGGUGACACAAGUGUAAUUUUUUUACGCUUUCAAAACUUUUGAAAGUUUUAUAUAUUUUUUGUUAACAUUUGUUUUAUAACAUGUAUGUGUUUCUUUAUAGUGGUAGCUCUUUUCUUUAUUUUAUUUUAUUUUCAUGAUGAAUAUUUGUAAGAUAGCUUGUAUCAUUUUGGCUCAACUGGCUGCAUCAACCGGGGAAUUACAGAACCAUUCCACAUGUAGGUAAAUUUUAUACAUUUAUUUGUUUUCUUGCUGAGAGUUAGCACAGAAGACACCACUCUUGUGUGGUUUUGGUAAAUACUAGCUGCCAGUUAGCUUAGUUUGGCUCAUGACAAAUGGAAUGUGGAAAGACAUGCUAACAGUGGUGCUCUGACCUGUUGUUAACGUCAACAUGCUAACAAGCACUUAAUGAAAAUGCUAACACAUUAAUGUUAAGCUGGUUAAACAUUUACCAUGUUCACCAACUUUGUUUAAAAUGUUAGCAUGCUAACAUUUGCUAAUUAGCAGAGUAAAUGGCCAUAACUAACAUAUUGAAUAAAUUAAAAUGUUGACAUGAAAAGUCAGGUGAUCUCCAAAGUUAGUCUUAUUCGUCCUCUGGGAACCAUGAAUAUCUGUAGCAAAUUUAAUGGCAGUCCAUGCAACAGUUGUCUAAAAAAACUCCCAAAACAUCCUCCUCAUGUUGGUACUAGACAAAAAAAGAAAAACUGGGGGGGUCAGAAGAGACAGUAGGAUUCAUCCUCUGGGUACCGUGAAUGUCUGUGUAUUGUCAUGUAUUCUCUUCCCUUUGGCCAGAAUAACUUGUUUUCUCGUUUUUCAGCUUUUGUACCAAACUACAAUAACCGCAAAUGUGAAAGUGUUGUUGAUCUUCUCAGCUAACUCUCAAGAAAGCAAGAAAGCUUAAAGGGGUGUUUCCAAAACCUCAAACUGUUUCUUGAAACACUGAAGGAGGAAACUUAUCUAAAUUAUUAAACAUAACGAAAUAAUUGAUACACAAUGAUGUCCAGAGGUUAUCCUGGCCUGUUGCUACUACAGGAGAUAAAGUGUUACUAGCUAAUCAACACAGGCGUACCCUAAAAGGGUUUUCAGACAGCUAACAAACAAAAAACUGUGUCUCAUUUCUCACCAGACCUUUAGUGAGGGUCUAGUUGCUUGUGGUGUCGGAGGUUUUAUUUUAUUUUAUUUUCCUGCCAUCCUAUGGUUUGAGAUAUAAAACUCCCAGAACUCUCUCUGGUGUCAGAGGCCUGGUUGAUGAACCUACACAAAAUAAAUAAUAAUAAAGCUGGAGUUUGUGGUGAGGAUGCAAAUCUGUGAAUAAAAAAUUAAGUCCAACAAA